GACGGCGCCGGCAAGGAGAACGUGGAGGGCGCGCCCGAGACGCGGGCCAAGUCGGCCGUGCGCGUCCGCCUGGAGGACCGCUUCAAUAGCAUCCCAGCCGAGCCCCCGCCAGCCCCGCGCGGCGCGGAUCCCCCCGAGCCCGGCAUGGCGCUCAACAAUUUGGUAACUCUUAUUCGCCAUCCAUCGGAAUUAAUGAAUGUUCCUCUUCAUCAGCAACGAAACAAAUGUACGACAUUAGUGAAAAAUAAAACUGCUUCUGCAACGACUGCUCUGCAGUUGACAUACCCUCUGCUUACUGCCAGUAGUUGCUCUACUCGUGGAAAUUCUCGUCUUUCACAAACACAGAGUUCUAGUAACUCAUGUUCUGUACUUGAAGCUACCAAGCAUCAGGAUAUUGGAUUGCCCAGGGAAUUUUCUUUCUGUUAUCAGCAAGAAAUUGAAUCCACUAAACAGACUUUGGGUGGUAGAAACAAAGCUUUGCCUGAGCAGGUUUGGAUUAAAGUAGGAGAAGAAGCCUACGUAAACAAGCAGUACGUAAGAGGAGUCGGAGUAAGCUACGUCCGUUGGACACACACAUAGAGCGAAGAGCCCUUGGAGAGCUCCAGAAUGUGGGUGAAGGCUCCACAGCAGCGCAGGGUGGUUGGCAGUCGGCGGAGCCGUCCCAGGCCACCCUCGGGGAGCAGACCCCGAGCGGGCCCCAGGGGGGCAUGUCCCAGCGCAGGGAGAGGCACAGCCGCAUGGAAGGAGAUAGAAGGUGCAGAAUCCGCAUUUGCUGUGAAGAGUUGAAUCUUUGAGUCCCGUUCUGCAACGCCGAGACCGAUAAGGCAACGACUUUGCAGUGGACCACAGCGUUCCUGAAAUAUAUUCAGGAAAGACAUGGAGAUUCUCUUA